UUGGAGAUGAGCGGUGUGUGCGGGUUUCUCUCCCUUAAUACAGUGAAUGCGCAGUACAGAAAACUUGAACAUGUCGGCGAGGUGUCGACGCUUUCCUUUUGGGGAUCUUUCCAAUGUCCACACCGUCAUAUAUACCGCGCUCUUGAUAUGCAUCGCCACGACAUUGUUUAUUCUCUACGGUCGUCUGUCUGCGCGGAUUGCUCCAAAUCAUCACCAUGGCAUCUACAUCUCCGAAAUGAGCCUGAAGGGAAAAGAUGGAGCACAGGAAUACGCAGAGAAAGAUCGAAGUUGUCAAAAACUCCUUAGCGAAGGUCGCUUUCAACACGACCCUCUUACCUGGCGUCCAGCUGGCUGUAGGAUGCAUAAUUACACUGCCAUCGAUGCGAGAAGAUGUGUCACAUCUCGUGGCCGACCUAUCUACAUCGUUUUCAUGGGUGACUCCCGCAUACGAGAAUUAUUCUACACAUUUGCCGACCUCUUUACAGCCGAUUAUAAGGAGAGGAAAAAACUACAUCACCACAUUAAAUUCCAAGAUGAUAUGUUGAACAUGAAGUUGCACUUCCUGUGGAUGCCUGCUGUUAAUCAUGUCCAGUUACAGCAGUUAGAAUCUUGGUUGGCCAUGAACAACUCGGAACGAGCUGAUUUGAUCAUAACAAGCGUGGCAAUUUACACUCAGCAGUUCAGCACCAGUCCCUCCGAAGCAAGCAAAGAGGCAUUGCGACAGUACAAAGAGAAUAUCACUCAUAUUGUGCCACUUAUUGACAAGUUGAAAACGUCUACCAAGGUCAUUUGGAGGUUGCAAGAUCCUGUUGAGGAGGACCAACUCCACGGUUACCGGGCGAGGUUCACCAAUGACAGGAUAAAUAGAUAUAACCAAGGAGCUAUGGAAUCUCUACAACACAGUGCGGCAGAGAUUUGGAGUUCGACACGUCUGGUGUUUCAGGGCUGUGACAAUCCGACAAGAGAUGGUAUCCAUCUAGCCAGAUUGCCGCUUCACUGGGACAGCCAGAUCUUAUUCAACAUGUUCUGUAAUAAGUUCAUGGGGUUUAAUAAAGAGGUGUGCUGCAGUCGUUAAAUCUGGAGAUGUGAAUUACAAUCGGUACAAGAUUAAUAGAACUUACUCUUCUCCUUCCUCCGUGAAACAAAUGUCCUCGCAACAUCCAUGUCGGAUGGACGGCCCUGAAGACUGGCUCCUCCAAGAGACAAAUCAUCACUGGCCAUCCAUAUAGGCCUGUCCUGAAGACUGCCUCCUCCAUGAGACAAAUCAUUGGGACAUCUUAUCGUGACGGCAGUUUCCUCCGAGAGACAAACCGUCUCAAGAACAUCCAUAUGCGACCAUACCAAGGAGACUCUCCCACACGAACAAAUCGUCUCGGAGAUAUCAUCUGUUUCUGAUUGCCUCGAAGACAGUCUUCUCCAGAGGACUGAUCUUUGCUGGGAGACAGAAAUUUUAGUUCUGAAGACAGUCCCAUGCAAGAGACAAAUUCUCAUUGGUGUCCAACAAGGCUGUCCUCCUCAAAGACUGUUCUCAAGACUUCAAGGCUUCAGCACAAACAUACAAUGAACAUGUCCUCCACCAUCAAUGAGCAUUUAUUCUAAAACGUGAUGUCUGUUACAGACCAAAUAAUGAUUUCAAUGGUAAAAAUCUGACAAGUCUACAAUAUGUUCCCUAUUGAUAUAUACAUUAAGUAAAAAAUACAUGCAGACACAACCAGAA